AUGGAAAUUAAUGCGAAUGAGACGGAACGAUCAAUUGUUCCUACGGAGAGCUCCAGCUCCAGCUCAUCUCGUGCUCGCUCUGAAUUUCCGCGCAAAAUGCGUCUCUUACGUCAUCUAUCCGGUUUAUUAGAAUCUAAAAAAGAUCUGAUGAAUGAUUGGGAGAUAGGUGGAACGCAAAAUAAAUGGGUUUGUCCCAGCGACCGACAUCUUCAACUUCGAGCACAGCUAAAAGCUGGAUGGUCUGUUCGAACAGCAACAGCUCGGAGUCCAACAAAUUCCAAAGCAAAUUCGGGAAUCACUGAUGCGGAGCAAGAACACAUUCGUCAGGUUCUGGCAAAGGCAGAAGAGAGCCGAAUGAAAGAAAUGGAACGAUUAGGAAAAAUGGUUGAACGAUUGGAAAAAAUGAAAAGUCGAGCAACUGGAAAUGGAGUCACUCAUUGUGUGUUAUGUAAAACGGAAUUUGGACUUUUAGCUUCAAAAAGCUAUGCAGCUAUGUGUAAUGAUUGUCGAAAAUAUGUCUGUCAACGUAAUUGCGGAGUAGAAACAAUGGAUCCAACACGCGGCACUGAAAUGAUCUUUCUAUGCAAAAUCUGUUCGGAGGCCAGAGAGGUGCUGUGGAAGAAGUCUGGUGCCUGGUUCUAUAAGGAAUUACCGGAGUAUGUUAAGCCUGAACCGCCGAAUGGUAAUGUCUCGUCGCCGCCAAUGCAUUCACGAUCUGCCUGGGUGUUGGGAACGAUUCCUCGAAAUUCGCCUUCGACAUCGUCUAUGCCAACAGCCGCAGUUGCUAGUUCAUCUGUAUCUAAUUCGAUGAUACCGCCCGAGAAAGCUCCCAGACGGCAUCUUCCAAUAGCUCCACCAGAGCCAAGAAGUUCUUCCGAUGGAGAAUUUGUACAAUCUGGAGUUCCAAGAAAACCUCAACGAACUCCGUCAGCUAAUCGGCGAGAAGCUAAUUUGGCACGAUUUUCUGCUUUACAAGCAGCAAUUAGGGAUAAUGAUAGUGAAUCUGAUGAUGAUUCGUCUCCUGAAUCACGCGCUUCGACAAGAUCGACAUCACCUCGAAGAUCAUUGGCUACUCCGUCCUCGUAUGAUUCUUCGCAAAAAGAUUUGCGUCAGAGUGAUACGAUAGGACCAGAUGAUGCCCGAAGCAUUGACAGCGGAGUCGUUCAAUCGGACCAUUCAAACCCUCAGGCAGCUCUCACCUUGUCAGCUUCAUCACUUGCUCCAUUAGCCAAUCAUAUUAAUGACAGUACUUCCAAUAGUCGCAUCAGUCAGGAUUAUACCAAUGCACGUAUUGCUCAAUCAGCAUCAGGAUCGAGUCUUGUUACUCCACCACCCAUUCCACCUCGCACAAGCAGUCCCAAUAGAGCUUCCGAUGAGCGUCAAUCGUCCAUCGAUUGCACUCCCUCUAUGAAGCUAAGCUUCAGCUCUGCUGCAAGUACGAAAAGAGCUGGAACAUCUAGUGAUAGUGUUAACGUUCCUGCGGAAAUUCCGAAACCUGCGCCAACCAGGGUGGAAUCACCGUCUGCAUCGUUUAUGAGUUCUCCCGAUGAUGAUUCAAGUACCUUGGGAUCUAUUCAAUUUAGUCUUUUGUACAGUCAAUUAGAAAAGAAAUUGGAUGUCCAUCUUAUUCGAGCUAAGAAUCUCAAAGCUAUGGACAGCAAUGGCUUCUCUGAUCCAUAUGUGAAGCUUCAUCUUCUGCCUGGCAAUGCGAAAGCAACCAAGUUAACAUCAAAAACGAUUGAGAAGACGUUAAAUCCUGAAUGGGAUGAACAUUUGACUUAUCAUGGAAUAACGGAAGAAGAUAAACUUCGUAAAACUUUACGAGUAACAGUGUUGGAUCGCGAUCGUAUAGGCUCGGAUUUCUUAGGAGAAACACGCAUAGCUUUGAAGAAAUUACCAAACAAUCAGCUGAAGAAAUUCAAUCUGUACUUGGAACAUGCUAUUCCCGUUCAACCAUCCCGUCAGGAUGAUAUGAAAGAAAGAGGCAAAAUCUUUGUUGGAAUACAAUAUAAUAUCCAGCAAGGCUCUUUGUUCGUAACAUUGAAACGAUGUGCUGAACUGAUUGGAAUGGAUUCCACUGGAUUCUCUGAUCCAUAUUGCAAAGUAUCGCUCACGCCUAUAACAUCCAAGGCUCAUCGUCAGAAAACGUCGAUUAAGAAGCGAACGUUGAAUCCUGAAUUCAAUGAGACUUUACAAUUCAUCGUUCCAUUCAAAGAUCUGCCUAAGAAAACACUCCAAAUUGGUGUUUAUGACCACGAUCUCGGACGUCAUGACGACUACAUCGGUGGGAUUCUGCUUUCAACAUCAGCAAAAGGUGAACGGGGACAACAAUGGACAAGCUGCAUCGAAAAUCCAGGGCAAUUGUUUGAGAAUUGGCACAAGCUCGAGCUUGAUUCAUAA